UGGAUUUUGGUGUGAGCGCUCAGCUGGACAGGACAGUUGGCAGGAGAAACACUUUUAUUGGAACUCCGUACUGGAUGGCUCCAGAAGUUAUUGCCUGUGAUGAAAAUCCAGAUGCUACGUAUGAUUACAGAAGUGACCUUUGGUCAUGUGGCAUUACAGCCAUAGAGAUGGCAGAAGGAGCUCCCCCGCUUUGUGACAUGCAUCCCAUGAGGGCACUCUUUCUGAUACCCAGGAACCCUCCCCCACGGUUAAAAUCCAAGAAAUGGUCAAAAAAGUUUUUCAGCUUUAUAGAAGGUUGUCUAGUGAAGAAUUACAUGCAGCGACCUUCUACAGAGCAGCUCUUGAAACAUCCCUUUAUACGUGACCAACCAAAUGAAAGGCAAGUCCGAAUCCAGCUUAAGGACCAUAUAGACAGGACCAGGAAGAAGAGAGGAGAGAAAGAUGAGACAGAGUAUGAAUACAGUGGAAGUGAGGAAGAAGAGGAGGAAGUGCCUGAACAAGAAGGAGAACCAAGUUCCAUUGUCAAUGUGCCUGGAGAAUCAACCCUCCGACGUGAUUUCCUGAGGCUACAGCAGGAAAACAAGGAACGGUCCGAGGCCCUUCGGAGACAGCAGCUGCUGCAGGAGCAGCAGCUUCGUGAGCAGGAGGAGUACAAGAGGCAGCUGCUGGCAGAGAGGCAGAAGCGCAUUGAGCAGCAGAAGGAGCAAAGGAGGCGGCUAGAAGAGCAACAAAGAAGAGAACGGGAAGCUCGAAGGCAACAAGAGCGUGAGCAAAGGCGGAGAGAACAGGAAGAAAAAAGACGUCUGGAAGAAAUGGAGAGGAGGCGUAAGGAAGAGGAAGAGAGAAGAAGAGCAGAGGAGGAAAAGAGGAGGGUAGAAAGGGAGCAGUAUAUCAGGCGACAGCUAGAAGAGGAGCAGCGGCACUUGGAAAUUCUACAGCAGCAGCUGCUCCAGGAGCAGGCCAUGUUACUG